CAACUACAGCUGCAUCAACUACUGCAACACAAAGCAACAUGACAACUACAGCUGCAUCAACUACUGCAACACCAAGCAACAUGACAACUACAGCUGCAUCAACUACUGCAACACCAAGCAACAUGACAACUACAGCUGCAUCAACUACUGCAACACAAAGCAACAUGACAACUACAGCUGCAUCAACUACUGCAACACAAAGCAACAUGACAACUACAGCUGCAUCAACUACUGCAACACAAAGCAACAUGACAACUACAGCUGCAUCAACUACUGCAACACCAAGCAACAUGACAACUACAGCUGCAUCAACUACUGCAACACUAAGCAACAUGACAACUACAGCUGCAUCAACUACUGCAACACAAAGCAACAGUCCAGCAACUCCAACAACUACAGCACUAAGAACCAACACUACAACCACAGUUGCAACUACAGCAUCACAAAGCAACAGUCCAGCAACUCCAACAACUACUGGACUAAGAACCAACAGUCCAGCAACUCCAACAACUACAGCGUUACAAAGCAACAGUCCAGCAACUACUACACCAAGUACCAUUGUGCCAUCUUUGAUCAGCAGUCUGUCAACUUUAUUGCCAUAUGUGACUGAGUCAUCGCAGUCAUCAACUCAAGGAGUGAAUCCUCAGACUUUGCUUCCAGCACGGAGGAAGCGUGCCGUCCCACAGAAAAGCAACAGUUUGACGCAAAGCAGCAAUGACACGUCUUUGAUUUUCCAAGCAAUGGAAGUGUCCUGCUCUAUAAAAACUGAAAUAAAUCAUACGAAGUGCACCAUCAUGUUAGGGCUGAGUCACAAAAUACCAUCCUGCUGUAUCCUCCAAACACUCUGUGCAGCCAGCAAAAGUUCCUCUGACAUCCAUGUGGUGGGAAAGAGGAUAGAUGAACCGAAUCGGCUUCAAAACGCAUGCGAUGGUAACUUCGAGAAGCCAAACAGCUGCAUUUAUUCUGGUCCGCUGGGUGCAUCAUGUGUGGAGUCUGGGCCUGCAUAUGUCAUUCCACCAAUAAACUUAACAAACUGUGUGACAGAGAACAGUUGUAGCUGCUCUUCCUACUGCAACAGAUCUGAUGCGUACUACACGUUUUCCAUUUCAGUUCGAGAUCCAACAAUGAACUCUUCAUCUCUUUCAUCCCUGAUGUCAAACCUGACACACCCACCUGACUGCUCUGUCACUACAAAUGUUACAUGUCAAUUAUUGACCACAGUUGCAUCUGAGUACAGGAGUUCCAGUGUGGACUGUGAAGUGACUGGAAUGAAGCUGAGUUGCAGAGUGAUACUAGGUUUUGCACAGGAGGUCUCAAUUUGUUCAGUGGCAGAAGCUGUCUUAAAUUUGUUUCUACUUGAAGAAAAGAUCCAGUAUGACGGCCAAGUGAGACGAGCAGCAAUUUGUGGAAGCGCAGAAAUUACUGCCAACUCACUCAACUUCCAGUUCAAUUAUACUGACAAUGAAAUAAGCCCAGAUGACUUUUGUGUGGAAAUAGAGGGAUCUAACCUCCUCACAUGCCAAACUGGAGAAAAUGUUGUUGUACAUUUGAAAGAACAAUGUGUUGUACCUACCACAGCUAGCCCAAAUGUGACAAUUAGUCCCAACGUGACUAGCCUAAAUACAACAGCAAUUAGUCCAAAUGUGACUGAUCUAAAUACAACAGCUAGCCCAAAUACAACAGCUAGCCAAAAUGCCACAAUUUCUACAAACUCUACAAUUGGCCCAAAUGUGACAGUUAUUACAAAUGUGACAACAGUGAAACCAACAGCACAACCAAACAACAACACAUUGACUCCAACAACAACCCCAAAAACACAACAGAACACAACACGGGCCCCAUCAGUGUCCACAACUGCUGCUGGAGGAAAACCUUCAUCAAACACAACUAGAAGCACAACAAGUGGAUUUGUUUCUGUGACCACCUCAGUGAGUUCAACAGGAAAUGGAACAGCUGAAAGCCAAGCCAAAGACCUUCUUGCACUGGCUCAAGACGUGUCAAAAUUGACCGCAGAGCAGAUAGAUCAGCUGGUGUCACAGCUAGAAAACCUUCUGUCAGGCCCGACUGUCAGCAGAGAACUGGGAGACGUCUCCGUCAACAUUGUCAGCAAUCUGUUGGAUGCUUCACCUGACACGCUGUCGCGCUCCUCUGACAGGAUCAUUGGGAUUGUUGACACGGUGGGGUUAAAGUUGGUGAUUGGAGACACUGCUGAGAGCCUGCUGUACCCUUCGUUGGCUGUCUCUGUGAAACCAGCAGAUGGCGCCAACUUUCAGGAGGCAAUUUUUUCCAUCUUAGAUCCAAACAAUGUACAGGUUCGGGGGAAUCCAAGGUUGAAAAGGAGCGCAGUAAAGGACUCCUCCAUCCCUCAGGGCUCGAUUACUCUUCCUCCCUCCCUCACUCAAAAUCUAACCGCUGAGGAACAAAAGCUGGUCUCCAGGCUUCAGUUCAAUUUCUACCAGAAGAGCUCAGUCUUUAAGGAUGUCUCAUUAGAACAACGCAAACUAAACAGUGGGAUCUUGGGAGCAAGCGUGGCCAAUCUGUCAAUCAAAGGAUUAAAGGAAAGUGUUGUAAUCCGCCUGAGAAACACAGAACCUGUUCCAGCUAAUUUUGUGGCAGUGUGUGUUUUCUGGGACUUUGAAUUUAACAAAGGUUUAGGUGGCUGGAACUCAGAUGGCUGCUUUGUCAAAGAAACCAACGACAAUGAGACAGUUUGUGCCUGCAACCAUUUAACCAGCUUUGCUAUUUUACUGGACAUCUCCAGAGAGACUGUUGUCAGUCGUGUUCAGGCCACCAUCCUCACCUUCAUCACAUAUAUAGGUUGUGGACUUUCUGCCAUCUUCCUGUCCGUAACUCUCCUCACUUACUUGGCAUUUGGAAAGCUGCGUAAAGACAUCCCAUCCAAAAUUCUGAUCCAGCUUUGCACGGCUCUUCUGCUGCUCAACCUGGUCUUCCUGGUGGACGCCUGGCUGGCACUUUAUCCCAAAGCCGUGGGCCUCUGCAUUUCCACGGCCUGGUUCCUUCACUACUUCCUACUGGUUUCCUUCACCUGGAUGGGGCUCGAGGGCGUCCACAUGUACUACGCACUUGUGAAAGUCUUCAAUGACAACAUAUCCCACUACAUGCUGAAGUUCUCGCUGGUGGGCUGGGGAGUCCCAAUGAUAGUGGUCAUCAUUGUGAUCGCGAUUGAUAAAAACAUCUACGGCCUCAUGUCCUAUGGAAAGUUUCCAGAUGGCACAAGUGAUGACUUCUGCUGGAUAAAAAACGACAUUGCCUUCUACGUGGCAGUUGUGGCCUAUUUCGGUGUGAUUUUCAUCUUCAACAUCAUCAUGUUUGGUGUGGUCUUAGUCCAGUUGCACCGGAUAAAAAAACAGAAUCCUCAUAACAACAAGCACCGCAGCACGGCGCAGGACGCCCGCAGCGUUAUCGGCAUCACCCUCCUCCUAGGGCUCACAUGGGGAUUUGCCUUUUUUGCAUGGGGUCCUGUUAAUCUGGCAUUUAUGUACCUCUUUGCCAUCUUUAAUUCUCUGCAAGGAUUCUUCAUUUUUGUGUUCCACUGUGCGGCAAAAGAAACCGUGAGAAGGCAGUGGAGGACCUACCUAUGCUGCGGCAGUAUGAGACUCCCAGAAAACUCAGAGUGGAGUCGCACUGCAACACAGAAAACCGCAAAAUCCUCACAAAGCAGUCGGCCAUCCAGAUCCACUUUUCUGCCCAGUACGCCAUCAGGGCAGAUGAGCGGCAUUGGAAAUCCACUUGAAGACAGAAUAAUUACAGCUGAUGAAGAACCGAGGACAGAUGUAGUUCUCAAUGAGAUCAACAGUCAACUCCGGAGUCGACGGGGGUCCUGACCUACAUUUAGCAGCCUGUUAAAUGCCUGCAUAUAAUGUCAUUUUCCAGAAAAAAUUUAUGUAUUGUUCAUCUCUGUCACAUGUAUUCGUUGACUGAUUUCUAAGAAAUUCUAAGUCUAAAGUUGAAUAUUUUUUUAAACAUUAAAGCUAUUUUUGUGCUUAUUUUUACAUAAUCUUUAUUUAAUAUACAAAUUAUUUAUUUACUUCCAGAUA